AUGUCUGCAGCACAACCCUCAGCCCCAGGGCUCAACGUGAUUGCCCUAAUCUCCGGCGGAAAAGACUCCCUCUACUCGAUCCUCCACUGCAUCCGCAACGGUCACAAAGUGGUCGCGUUAGCCAACCUCUACCCAGAACCGCAGAACAAGACCAUAAACACAAAUCCAAAUAGACCCAAACAUGACGAAGAAGAAGAAGAAGAAGAAGACAUCGACAGCUUCAUGUACCAAACAAUCGGUCACAGCAUAAUCCCUCUCUACGAAACAGCCCUCCAAAUCCCCCUCUACCGCCAACCCAUCACAGGCGGCGCAGUCGACACAGACCGCAUCUACGGAACCAAAACAACCGACAAAGACGAGACCGAAUCCCUCGUCCCACUACUCCAACGCAUCAAACAAGCCCAUCCAGAAGCAAACGCCGUCUCCGCAGGCGCCAUCCUCUCUACAUACCAGCGUACGCGAAUCGAGAACGUCGCUAACCGCCUGGGCCUCGUACCCCUCGCUUGGCUAUGGAUGUACCCAUCCCUCCCCGCUUCCGCUGCCAGAUCCGCCGAUACUCUGGUAAUACGCCAGGCGGGGCUCUUGGAGGAUAUGGCAGCCGCUAGAUGCGAUGCUCGUAUUAUCAAGGUCGCCUCCGGCGGUCUGGACGAGGGCUUCCUGUGGGAGAAUGUGUCUGGUGCCGGGAGUGGCGGCCGCAUGAUGCGAAGGUGUCUUGUUAAGGCUAUGAGUCGGUUUGCGGCUGCGGAAGAUAUUCGUGGGGCGGUGCUGGGUGAAGGUGGGGAGUAUGAGACGCUUGCGCUGGAUGGGCCUGGUUUCUUGUGGAAGCAGAGGAUUGAGGUUGGUAGUCGAGAGGAGAAGGCUGGAGAGGGGGGUGUUGCGUUUGUUAGGUUGAGGGGUGCUAGGUGUACGGCUAAGAGUGCGUGGGAGAUUGGCGACGGGAUUGCACCGAGUGAUAUUAGGAGGCCAGGACUGUUAGAUGCAGUUUUUGAGGGUGUCUUGGGAUCUGCAUCGGAUCUUUCUGGAUCGCUUGAUGAUCCGAAAUCGCGGGCGAUGACGAGUAACGCUCGGUCGCCGGAUUGGCCUGUCUGUGAGCCGGUGCAUCGGUUGUCUGGUUCUACGUGGACUAUUUCGAAUAUUGUUGCACCCGAGGCUGGUCCUGGGGCAGGGGAGCAGAUGAAAGGGAUUGCACACAAGGUCGAAAAAGUGCUCAAGUCCUUUUCCCACCCCAAGUCCGGUUCCCGAUCAACAGACGACAUUGUUUUCGCUACGGUGCUGCUAAAUUCAAUGGCCGACUUUGGAUCAAUGAAUGAUAUCUACGUCUCGCUAUUCAAGAAACCCAAUCCUCCCGCGCGAGUUACAGUGGCAUGCGGAGACCGACUCCCAUCCAACGUCAAGGUGAUGGUCACAUUCGUGGUUGACCUGGGUGCGAGGGACCGGCGCCAGGGCCUACAUGUUCAAUCUAGGUCGUACUGGGCCCCCGCAAAUAUUGGACCAUAUUCCCAAGCGUUGUCAGUUCCGCUGCAGAACGCUAGCAGACUCGUGUACAUUGCUGGCCAGAUUCCCCUAGAUCCUGGUUCUAUGAAUUUGGCGCAAGUGGAGGGGCCAGGUUCAUGGAUUGAAAACUACCGUUUUCGAGCUGUACUGGCCCUCCAGCACCUCUGGAGAAUUGGUGAAGCCAUGCAGGUAAACUGGUGGCUCGGUGCGGUGGCCUUCUUGGCCCGCGGAGAACACGCUAAUACCCAAGCGCAACUGGCGUGGCGCCUCUGGGAAAGAAUGCAUGCUUUGCCUGACAAUGAGGACGAGGAUGAUGAUGAUGGCCCACAGCUGGAUGCGUGGGAUAUCAAAUAUGGCCGUCGCACAGAGGAGCUGACCGAUGCCCCUGUGUCGAGUCUGCCCCAGUUUACUGCUCUUGUUGAGUCUCACACAUCCAUUCCACCAUUCUUGGCUGUUCAAGUGGACGAACUACCACGAGGAAGCGAUAUUGAAUGGCAAGGGCUGGGAGGCCGAUGUGAGCAGGUCAAGCUCGACAUUAAAGGAGGGACAUCUUCCACCACCAUGGACAAUCAAUACAAGUAUACCAAUAUCGAGAUCGACGCGGGUUCGUCGGACGAUACAUUGAAGCAAAUAUUGAGAUCAGUGAAUGAGGCUUACAGUCGAGAUUCCAGUCUGUCUCAGGCUGUGUUAUAUACCACAUACCCAGUGCCUGAAGCCUUGUGGCCAGUACAGGUUGUGCCGUGCAGAUCAGUGUGGGGGCGAGAAGGUCGAAGGUUGAGUGCAGGUGUGGUCCUGCAGCAGCUUAGUUAG